GCCCGAAUUGGCGGGUUUGGGCCGAAGCGGCGGCAGACACUUUCCGAACUCAAAAGACGUCGAAGUUCGUACUGACUAACUUGGAGUCUGAGCGGGAGUCCAAAUCUCCAAACUUCUUUGGAUUUCUUCUCUCACAGCUCUCAUUUUCUGGUAAUUAGGGUUUUCUCAGAUUCCGAAUCAGAAAAUUGAACCUCAAUCUCCAGAAAUUGGCAUGGACUCGAACCCCUCGACGUCGUCGUAUGGAACAUCGGACAACCAGAGAGGCGCCGGAGGGAAGUUGAAAAAGCCUCCGGCGAGGAAGUCUCAGUCCACCCCUUACGAUCGCCCUUCCUCCAAUCAGACCGGAAGCCGGUGGUGGUUGUCCAAGAUUGUCGAUCCUGCUUACCGUCUCGUCGCCAGCGGCGCCACCAAGAUUUUGCCUGCCUUCUUGUCAACAACGCCCUCCGUUAAUACACUUCCUGCUGCUGAAAACCUAGAUAAAGAGGAAGUGGAGUUACCAUCUAAUCUUGACAGCAACGAGGGAGGCAACUCGAAUGUUGAUACAUUCCAGUUUACAGAAAGAGCUGUUCCAAGUGAAGUAAAAGAAAGUGCCAAGCGUGGACAAGAUGAGGCAAAUGGUACGGAGAAUGAUCCUCCUUUAUCUGGAAUUGAGCAGCUUAUAAAAGGGAAAACUUUUACCAGGUACAUUGUUUAAAGAGCUUCAUUUUCCGUUGGUUUUCUUAUAAAUCUUCUAAUUACUCGUAAUGGCCGUGCAGGGAUGAGAUCAAUAGGUUGAUGGGGAUACUGAGUUCCAGGGUCAGUGAUGUUUCAGAUGUUGAGGAAAGAAAAAGUAAAGAAGUCCUGACCCCUGCAGGAGCGAAGGCAGGAGCUCAAACAACCCCAUUCUCCAAGACAGCAGAUGAAGGACGCUGGAAAAGUCUAAAUAAAGUUGCUAUAACAAGCCCCAAACCUGGCUCCCAGACUGUGCCAGAUGAAAUUGGUGCAUCACCUGUUGAAAUUGCAAGGGCUUUUAUGGGAAGCCGGUUAUCUGAGUAUGGCCCUGGGCCUAGUGGUGUUUCAUCGAAGGGAGAAGCUGCUCAAAAGGGCGCCGAUGAUUUGGCAUUAAAGCCUUUCCUCCCUUCACCUAGGUCAACUUGUUGGCCAGGUUCCAUGGCUCAAGAACAGCAUGGUUAUACAACUCCAAAUCAGAGAGGCAGACAGGGGCUUCAUGAUUUUCCUCGAACUCCAUAUUCAAGGACUAUCUAUUCGAAGUCCAGGGCCAAGGUGCAGACUGACAGCAAGUAUGGAAUUAGUUCACCAAACCACUUCAAGCAUUCUAACACGCCAUUUCCUGAACAGGUGAAGUACAGGAAUGAUGGCCUAGAUAUUAGCUAUGGUUCAGUUGGACCUAUUCGCCGCUUGCGAGCGAAAUAUGCGUCGGAAGUCAGACCAAGAGGCUCUAUUUUCUCAAAAUAUUCUAUUGACAAUCCUUCAGUGGGAAAACAACCCACUGUCUAUCAAGAUAACCAGUCAUAUGUACAAAAGAAUCUACAAAUUGGUGAAACAAGUUCUUCAAGACAACCACCAGUACAGCUCGUAGAAAACAAGGUUGGGGAUAAACCAUUGCUAAAUCCCUCUACUAAUGAGGUAGUGAAAAGGAUUCUUGAUCAGCUUGACAAACACAAGCCAACACCUCAAGAAAGGAUGAAUGAGUUGAAGCUGGCAAGUGCAUGGAGGAAAUCUCAUACUGAGGCCUCUGCCACACCUAAAGAAAUUAAGAGCUUCCCAUUUUCAGAAGACAUCUCUAAAAGAACUAGUUUUAGUGGUGUGGAUCUUACCUCUAAAAGAAACGUUUCUGGUGACCAUUCAAAGGUUCAAGGAGAUCUUCAGGAGGAGAGUAAUAUGAAAGCUAAAGAACCUGUUUUGGCAAUACGUGAAGCUUCGACCAGAGACAAUGGUGGUUCAGUGACAAAAAUUGAUGCUAAUUCUGGGUUUUUCUUUCCUUUCAGGAGGACUCCCUCUGAACCAAAAAUUUUCCAAGAGAAGGCUGAUCUAAGCUUUGCUCCCAGAAAUCAAAAUACUGAGCAGCUUGUCACAACUUCAACGGACGCUUCUAAGGUUGAGCCCGUGAAGAGGCCGCCCUUGCACUCAUUUGGGACAAAGCCUAGCUUGCCCAGUAUAUCUGUUAGCAGGCGUGCACCUGGUUUUUCCAUGUCUUCUGACAGUGUUCCUGGAUUUAGUUUUCCUGUUUCCACAUCUACAAGUACUCUCUCAGAACCUCCAACGCCAUCUGUCAUGCCAUUUUCUUCUGGGGGACUGGUAUCUCAGCCAAAAGACUCACCUGCAAUUCCUAGUUACAGUUUCGGCUCUAACAACUCAACUCGCCUUGUUUUCUCAUUCCCCUCAACAAGCAAUUCCUCGGCUACUGUUGAGGCUAAUGAUCUGAAGUUCAACUUUGGAUCAGAUAAGAAGCCUAGAGUAUCAUUUAGUUCAGUAGGCAAAGACACCAUCUGCUAUUAAAGGUGAUUGGGUACAGGUUGCAGCAGCAUCACCAUUACUGCUGUCUGAGCUGUUGUCUCGAGCUAGUUCAGAUGGUUCCGCUGCUUAUCGACUGCAGCGAGAGGUCUACUUAAAGACUGCCUAAGGCGCUGCUUUCAUAGCCCCCAUAUAAGCGAAUGGGAGGAAUUUUUCUCUGGUUCGGUUAAUGUAGCUUGCUAAUUGAGAAUGCUGAAUGCAUUUGGUUUUCUUAUCUUCCAAUAGGUUAGAUUUUUUGUUUUCCUAUUAAACUCACAUUUCAUUUAUACAACAAUGAUUUUUUUUUUGUUAAAAUUUUUGUUAGUCAUUGUAUUCAACUUUGAACGAAUGUGCUGUGGUAGUCUUGGAUGAUUUAACCAGGCAAUUGUUGUCCAUAAAUGCCGACAUUCCAGUGAUGCCUUUUUGAAAGACUGUACUGAGAUUGCUUGAGCCCAGAUAACAAGAUCUUGUGUAAAUUCUUUGUAUAGGAAAUGUAAAUGAGUAAGCGAUUGGACUCAUAGUAGUGUAGUUGUGUAUAGUGGUGAAUGUUAUUGAGCAUUUCCAUGUCGGGGAUAUAGUCUUAUAUUGGCUACUAGAAUCCCUAGAUAUGUAUAGCUAUAGGCCCCCAGAAAAAGAAAGCCUACAAAUUUUUAAUAUUUGUCAACCUAUAUCAUUACUAUUAUCACACAAUUUAUUUCUCUGAUAAAUUCUAAAAAAUACAGCUCCAAGAGCUGGCCGGCAAUUAUUCCUUCAAAAU